AUUUUUUUUUGUUAUUUUACUGUCCAGCAAACAUGAAGUGGUGGAAAAGUGGUUAAAAGCGCAACAAACUAGAAAAUUAUUGGUCAAGAGAAUUCGCAAAGCUUUUGUAGGCCAACUCGCAGUGCCAGCGCAAGUUUACACACGGAUAGCAAAGGAGACCAGCGCCAGUCGGGCUUGUUAAAGCGUCGCAGAGACAACGCAAUUGUCCGGGUGUACAUCGAAUUUCUGUGCUAUUUUUAACUGAUUUGCAUUGCCACUGAGACACUGCAGUGUUCAUUGGGGAUUGCUAAGCUUAAAGCGAGUAAGAUUCCACGCGUUAGCAUACAAGCAGUGAUACCAGAGAACGUUUAUAAACGUUCUCCGACAGCGUUACCUCAACCCAAAUGCUCGAGUGUCAGUCGCGAAACGCAUGCUUAUGUACGUGACGUCAUUGCAAAAGCAACAAUGAAACUAUUUGGUAUGGUGUGGAGAAGCUAAAAAAUAUAAUACACAUAAAAUAAUGGCAAUAUAAAGUGCGCGCUUAAGUGGUGGAUUUAUUAGAAACAAUCCUUUAAAGUCAAAAUAAAAGUGUAAAGUCAGUGAUCACUAUUUCUCAGAGCUUAGGUUUUAAGAGUUCCAAAAAAAUGCAAGCAGAUACAUUCGUUUUUGCGCGCUAUGCACGGACUUGUUUGUGUUUAUUUAAAAAACAAACACGAUUCUUAUCACAAUUAGGAAAACAACAUAAUCAGCUGCAUGUGCUAGGAGGCACUGCACUUGCCACCAACUUAGUUGACACAAAUCUCACUGCCAGCGCUGUCAAUAUUACCGGUGUCUUUUGUCAGCAGCGAUGCCAGCAAUAUCACCUCCCCCGACUCCAAAAUAAACCAACAAGUCGCCAUACUAACAUCCGUCAGUUACAUACCACUAUUUGUUCGCAAUCCACAACGCCGGUGCGUGGCAAAUAUCCCACUGAUACAGUGCAUGAGCCACUAUGCUCUGAACGCGCGCGGGAAUUGGUCUACAAUUUAAAGGAUUCCGAGCGAGAAGCUAUUAAGGUGGCCCUGUUGAAAUACGAUGCUGAACGCCAACGGGCGGGAUUUGAAGGCAAACUGGCAGCAACACAAUGGCGCACACGCUUUGGCCGUCCCUCACAAGUGCCACGCCUUGGCGAUGUUGAUCCCACAGGUCGAUUUUGUGCCUUCCCCGAGGAAUGGCUCAAACAAAGAGCGGCGGCUAAAGCGCCACCGCCCACCAUGGCAGAUUUGCGUCGAAUCUUCGUAGUGAAUGCUGUGCCAUUCAUCGCUUUUGGCUUUCUGGACAACUUUGUGAUGAUAGUUGCGGGCGACUCAAUCGAAAGCCUUUUUGGCGCCUUCAUGUGCAUAUCUACAAUGGCUGCCGCUGGUCUCGGCAACACCGUCAGCGAUAUUUUGGGCAUUGGUUCAGCAUAUUAUGUGGAACGUGGUUGUGAAAUGAUGGGCUUCCGUUUACCCGAUUUAACGCCAAUUCAAAUGGAAAUGAAAUCCAGUCGACACUCGGCAAAUUUGGGACGCAUUGUGGGCAUAACAAUAGGUUGCAUUCUGGGUAUGUCACCACUUUGGUUUAUGAAAAAGAAGGAGCCACAUGAAAGUCCAGCUGUGAAAGCUGAAGCCGAUGUGAAUGUAAUUGCGAAUGUAAAUACGAAACUUGAUAAAUCUUAAGACAGUCAGUUUUUUUUCAAUUAAAAUAUGCAAACAUAUUUUUUUUUUUUUAGCCAAUUACACGUAUCUAGUUUAAUAACUUUUGCAAUGUGUACUAAAAUUUUGUUUUUCAAUUUUUUCGUGAAGAAUUGGAAAAGCAUUAAUUUUUUCUCUAUUUACUCAUUAAAGUGACUUAAAAACUUAUAAAUUGUGGCUUGUUUUGCGAAAAUCUUAUUAUCUUUUUUAGUUAAUACUUUUAAACAUAUAUUUGUAUCCUAUGUAUCUUAGCUGUGUUAUGCAAUCUAAGUUUAUAUGUCUAAUGUUUUUAUUUAAUUUUUUUUUUUAUCUCGUUAAUGGUGCUUUUAUUUCUUUAUUUUCAAUAUUUAAUGGUUUUAAAGUGGAAAAUAUAUGGAGCGUUUUUAUUUUAAUAUAAUUACAAAUUAAUUUCCGUUUUGUUUUGUCAUUUAUUUGCGUUUUUAAGUUAUUAUUGCCAUAGAAAUUUUUUAAUAAAAUGUCAUCAUUUGAUGGAAAGGGAGCAAUUAUUUUUGAGUUGGGUCGAAGGCUGUCUGUUACGUGAGUUAUAGAUUUUGUUCACAUACAGCGAUAUACAUGGGGUCGGAACCUGCCAAGCUGGGAAAGACUCCGGCGGUGGAGGGAGUUUUGUCAUAAAGAGGUUAAACAACGGUCAUCCACCGUUUCAUCCGAUCUUGAAGCGACGAGCCUAGGCUAUCUUCUCAAAAGGUUAAUCGCAACUAGAAUGCUUCCUAUCUGAGGGUCGACGUUGAUUUAGACCGUCAAUGAUCUGUGUGAUAUUGAUUGGCUUGACGUCAUAAGGAUUUCGAACCCAUACCCCUCCAGUUUCAUGUUGAUCAUUAUCAAAAGUCGUUGUGAAUGACUCCUAAACAUUGCAUCACUGGAUAUGCUAACAGUUAAAAUAAGAAUAUUCGAUUUUAAACCGUUUUUAUUUGUAUAAAGUUUCGACAUGGGUAUAAACCCAUUUUUCGCUUUCCUUUUUACUUCAUAAAAGUAAAAGUUAAAGUAAGCUGGAAAGUAAUAUACAUAAUAACUCGGUAUAACAGCGACGUUUUUUGACUUAAUUUUCUUAUUAGGUGUAUUUAUUUAUGUUUAUUAUAUUAUUGUUACUAUUUUAUUUUCGUUGUGUACUUUUUUGCGUUUUAGUUUUAAAUUUGCCUAGGUUUUCAUCUUUGAAUGACUUUCUAAAGAAAAAUAUACUUUACACAGCACUAGAGCAUAAAAGCGAAAUCUGUCUUUCAUAUUAUAAACCAACUCUUAAAUCAAGUAACUAAAUGCCUUUUUACUAAUCACAAAUGUACCUUCUAUCAUUAUGUAAUGCUUUUUUACGAAAAGUUACACCAAGUUAAAAUCAAAUUUAACUAUGUAUUUUUAUUGCCAACUAAAGGUGAUAUCUUUAUUGUUAUAUUUACCUGCAGAAUAAAGCGCUUAAGCUUAUCAAAUGAAAAAAAUAGUUAUAGUAACAAAAAAAAAACAUGGAAAAGUUAUGAAGCAUGAAAAAAUUCGAAUUGUCUACGUAAUAUUAACUUAGAUAAAAAAGCUUUUGAAGGAAAAUUACUUUAAAA